AUGUCGAGCGAUGGCACUAUUCCAAUAACAGUCGAGUUCAGUGGAGGGCUCGAGAUCCUCUUUGCCAAUCAGAAGAAAUACGAUCUCUCACUGCCCGCCAAAGACGAAUCUGGCAAGCCCACAACUGUCGCUUUUCUAGUGAGAUUUCUUUGCGACAAAGUCAUGAAGGACCCACGUAAAGAACUGUUCGUGCUAGACGGCACUGUACGACCUGGCAUCCUGGUCCUUAUUAACGAAGCGGACUGGGAACUAGAAGGGGAAGAUGACUAUCAAGUACAAAAAGGGGACCAUGUCAUGUUUGUUUCUACGCUUCAUGGGGGUUGA